CUCUGACAAGCGUUUUGUUUUCUUUGGUUCACUUUUCAGCCAGUGGCACUGAGUCAGGCUUUGGUGUCUUUAUGUGCAUCCAUACCUGUGAGCCCCUUCACUUGGUUCUCAUCUUGUCCAUACUGCCUUGAAGAACUCGAACUGCCCUGGAAUUGUCUCAUCCCAUUUGUCCUGGGAUCACUGUGCUCGUCACUUCCCAAAGAGUUGUCUUCUAGGCUCUGAUCAAGAACUCCUCAUUUAUUCUAGGAGAAUGUUUGCUUAAAUCGUGAAUACUACAAUUCAAUUAUAUUUCAGUUUCUGCCUCCAGUCAGGAUACUAUUUUGGAUGAACAUAAAAGGAAUGAACUGUUUACAGACAACUUUUGUAAAGUGUGUGGCGCAAUGCUACAGUUUGAAUCCCAAAGGAUUUCACAUUAUGAGGGCAAAAAGCAUGCUCAAAAGGUUAGGCUUUAUUUCCAAAUUCAUGGGGAGCAAAGUGAAGCCCAAGGGACUGAAAAGCGAGGGAAGCCAGAUUUUCUAACUCUGCAGACUGAUGGGAGUGGAGUGGUGGACAAAAACAAAUUUUGUGAUCUCUGCAACAUGAUUUUUAGUUCCCCAGUUGUUGCUCAGUCUCACUAUGUGGGGAAAGUUCAUGCCAAAAAGUUGAAGCAGUUCAUGGGAGAACACGCUCAGAUGUCUCCGCCAAGUUCUCAGCCAGACAAGGGUCUGCCUGUUGUUAAUUGUGCCGGGCCAGAGCCACCGCAGCCCACUUCUGACAGAGCCGCCCCAGAAGCGGCCAUGGAAGAAACGUCCCCGUCCUGUGGCGGCCCCGCUUUGGAUCUGAAUGAUCCAGACAGAUACUGUGAGCUCUGCUGUGCGUCAUUUAACAGCCCGCUCAUGGCCCAGCAGCACUACGUGGGCAAGAAGCACAAGCGGAGCGAGGCUCGGAAGAAGAUCCUGGAAGAGAUGGGCCAGAAGACCCUCCCUGCUGAGUCCACGAGCAGUGCACUUGGUGUGGGCAACUACAUAUGUCCCAUUUGUAGUGUCACCCUUACAUCUGUAGAAAUGUACCAGUCCCACAUGCAAGGAAAUAAACACCAACUUAAAGAAUCCCUGGUUGUCAACCUGAUGAAGAAUUCCAAGAGAACCUUUCACUCUUUCCAAGAUGAGCUGGCCGACUACAUCCAGGUGCAGAAAGCCCGAGGGCUGGAGCCCAAGACUUACUUUAGGAAGAUGGCGGAGGAGCAUCGCAAUGGCCGGCCCCACAGUGCUCUGGCGGUAUUUGAGCAGAGACUCCCACCCGAGACUUUGCAGGCCUGCCCAGGAGCGUAUGUCCUCACGCGAACAGUCGAGAACACGUUGUCUCAUUGGUCACCAGGGCAUGACAGCAGACUCAGCCCGGAAUCUCUCGGCCACUGCCAGCCCAGCAAAGAAGAGUUCUCAGAAAAAUUAAUGGGCUUGGGGCCUGCGCAGCAGGACGAUAACUCGGGCCCAUCCAGCAUCUCUGACCAAGCGGGUCACAAGCCCAAAGUGACUCACCCAAGGAAGAAGAGACAUCCACAGGAGGAGGGAGAAGACCGGGCGAACGAGGAGGAGAAGAGGAAAAAGAACAUGGAGGACAAGGACUCAGGCAGAGACCACAAGGCCAUCCGCAGGAGGAAGGCAGAGGCAGAGGCCACCAGCCUCAGAAAGCCAAGGCCUCGGAAAGAGAGAAGGAAUCGGGAGGUAGCCGCUGACAGAGAAGCCCGGAGACACCGGAAGGAGAAGAAGGAUCCCCUGCCGAGGAGGACCGAGGAGGAGAUCCUGUGGGACGAGUCUAUCCUGGGCUUCUGACGCCCCAGCCAUUGCCAGGUCCAGCACUGUCAAUGAGGAGAAAUGACUUCUCUGAACAUUUUCUAAUUUCAUGAAAAUGCUUGGUUUUUUUCCAGGUAAUGCUGCUUCAUUUUGUAUGGAAGCCUACUUUUCUUCCCCAGUGGCAAUGAUAUCUUUGAGUUAUCCUUUAUUUCAAACGACCUUUCUGAAUUUCUUUCUUGAUUAAGUUCCUGUUAGUUCGGGUUAAGGUUUGGUGUUUUGUUUUUGCUUUAUUAUUUUUAAAGAGAAUAUAUGAAGCAGGGUAGGAUUAUUUUUUUCCAUGUUUAGACGUAAUUUACAGUGUUUUCCAGGUCCGAAAGUAUGACAUGACAUAGUCUAAACUCAAAUAUAUAUAGUUCAAAAUGUUCUCAAGUAAAUAAUACUGAUCAGAAUUCAGUUUACAUUCAGGAAGUGUUCAUAUUAAAAAUAUUCUAAUUUUCCAUGCUGUUCUAUAUAAAUUAUGUGUUCCCUUUACAAUAUAGCUGUACCUUUCACUGAAUAACUUGUCCUUAAUACUUCGUUCCUCUGUCAUUUGGCCACAGCAUCUGCUGCUGACCACAGCUGGCGAGGAGGUGCCUGAGCAGGGAAUCCUAGGUCCACACGUACAGGAAAUCCUCCCACCCACCAGUCACUAUUCUUGCCACAUAGAACAUAGAUCGGACGGUCCAAGUACGUGAAACGAGGUGAUGCUUUGUCUGGCUCAGUGGAGACAGAGAGCCGGGAGCUGGUGACUCUGUCCCAAGAGUGGGUGUAGCCUCCCCAUCCUGCUGGGCCCUGCCUCAGCCCCUGGAUAAAUAAAGCCCAAGUAGGAAAGGCACAGUGGAAUGUGUAGGAUCUUUUAAAAUCAAGUUGGAAUCUAGAAUCAGAGACUUUAGAGAUAGCAAGGACUUGAGAGAUCUCAAACUGUUUGGUCUUAGGCUCUCUUAAAACACUCUCAAAGUGUGGAGAAUCCCCAAGAGCUUUUGUUCAUGGAGGCUGUAGCUCUUGAUGUUGGCCAUAUUUGAAAUUAAGACAUUUUAGAAGAAUUAUGAAAAUGUUUUGACCUUGAGGAACCUUUUAAAAGGGGCUCAGGGAGCACCAUUUUGAGAACCAAUGAUCUAGCUUGAUACCAUUUCACAGAUGGGUAAACGUUGGCCCAGAGAAACUAAGUCACUUGUCUGGAGUCACCCAGCAAGUAGUGACAAAGCCAGGACUGCCUCUGUAUCUCCUGAUUCCCAGGCCUCCCACCCCUCCUUCCAUCACAUUGAGCUACAUCAGGCCAACCCAGCCUAUUUUUCCCCAAGCCCAGUUUAGCUGAUCUUCCUCCCUCCUAAAAAAACUCAGUGGUUGACCAGAUUUGUACUAGUUUAGCCCUUCAUUCUGCUGAUUUUUCAGUGUCCUAGUUGAAGCAAGCCCCUUGGCAUUCUGGGACAGUCUGUUGUGGCUUGUACUAUUUCCUGUAUGUUCUCUUUGAAAUUAAUUGAAAACAUUCCUGGCCUCACUGGAGGGAAGAUGUGUUUGAAGAGUAAUACGCUUCCUCCUGGCUCCCUUCUCCCAUCCUUUGAAAAACUAGUACCGUCCAAAAAGUGCCUCGUCUAUGAUCACAAACCCUGCUGACCGACCAACAGGCAGGGGAAGAAACCCAGAAAUGGAUGAGACACAGGCUCUCCUGUGGUGAGGCUUACAGUUCAGGACGGAAGCAGGAACCCUCAAGUAUGACCCAAAGGUACGGGCAAUUCUACUCCAGAUCAGCAUGGGUGCUCCUAAAAAUCACCACGCCGUGCAAAAUCACAGAAUAAAAACCACGGGGCUUAUGGGGAAAUGGCAUUCAGGGCACAACACACCAAAGCAUAAACAGGUGGAAACCUACAGAAUGACAGCAUGGUUUUAGCCACGUAAAAUGGUCAGGGACAGAAAUAUUACAAUAACUCCUGCCGAUGGCUGGGGCCACAGGCUGCUCCUCAGCCUGCACCAGAAGAUAAAAUACAAUUAAUGUGGCACUCGACAUGUUUGGGAUGUUGAAUGAGAGGCUUUUUAUUCUAUGAGGUGUUUUUUUUCUUUCUUUCUUUCUUUUUAAUGAGAGGCUUUUUGAAAACUAGACUGAGAAAAGCUGGCAAAUAAAGGAAUGGCAAACACGUCUUUUUAGGAUAUGAGAGUGAACAGAAGUAACUGGCACUUGCAUGUGUCUUGUGUAUAGCUAGGUUCAGCUGAGGAAAAUUUCAAUUAUGAAAUCAUACAUAAGCAAACAUAAAAUCUGCGUCAUGCUCAGGUUAUUCCCUAGCAUCCAUCUAGUUGGGACAAAUGAGCGUUUGCAAAGCUAUAGUAAUGAUAGCAGAAUUUAACUGUAUACACUAAGUGCAUGAGAGAUACCCCCCCAAAAAAACCAAACCGGUAUGUGAGGUCUGAGGGAGAAAGGUCCCCACCUCCACGAUGACUUCGGGAUGUCAGCCCCGGCUUGCUUGGGGUGGGCUUUGAGAAGUGGCCGGGUAGAAAUUCAAGGUGGGAAGUGUGAGGGGCAGGGACGUGUUCCAAGUCCAGGAAACUCACUUAAAACACGAAGGAGCCAUCUGAAGAUAAGCAACAGUCCUGUUUUGCUUGAGGUGAGAGUUUUUGAAGGAAAAUCAUAUGAGAAAAGGCUGGGAAGGCAGGGUGCUUCCACAUUGUGGCGACCUUUGAAUUCCAAUAGUAAUAUCUGAUUUUUCCAUUUCCUGCUCCAUUCCCAGGACGACUGGCUUUGAGCGGGUGGGUCCUCAGGACUUUCUUGCUGGAUUCCAACCCCAAGCCCAUGAUGAAAUAGAACUAGGCAAACACCUGAAAGAUUAAGUAACUGGCCGUCUAACCCUGCUCUCAGAAACUCUCUGAAGGCCCCAUCUAACCAUUAGCUUAGUUCAGGAAACACCAGCAUGGCCUUCAACUUAAUGAAUCCAUUUGGUUUUUCAAAAGCUUUCUCAAGACCCCAUUUAUAGGAAUCUGUCUGAGGACAGAUUUGAACUCAGGAAGAGGAGUCUUCCUGACUCCAGGCCUGGCGCUCUAUCCACUGUGCCACCCAGCUGCCCAAUGGCUUACUAAUUAGUCUGGCUUAGUUUAUCUCAUUAAUUCAUUUAACAACCAGAAUCACUUAGAAGAGCACAGGGUUCCACUCCCACAUAGCAGUGAGACACAGGAGGGGCUUUGGAGGUUGGUCCAGCCUUUUAGCAAUGCCACAGAAUGAGGAGGGGAAGAGGAAGACAGUUGAGGGGUAAGGGGGCACUUCCAGGGAGGUCUGGGUUUCUCCACUUAAGCAGGUAGCUCAACUUCGGUCAGACCCCCUGGAUUCUGACACAUUAUUAGCUCUGUGAUCUAGCCAAGUCACCCCCAAUUUCCUCCUCUGUAUAAUGGGGACAAAACACACUUCACAGGCCUGUUGAGAAGUAUCUAGAAAUGUGGCCUAUCUCCCUCCUCCCCCCUGGACUGCAAUAGGACACUUGGCUUCUGGGUGGAGGAGGGGCGGUAACUUGCUUUUAGGUGCUGAGCCCCUGGUUGCUACCCAGUAUUUUUCAAUCAUUUAGCUAGUGCUUGUCCUGCCUCAUUCAUCUAUUUCUUCAUAUGCCACUGGGAUCACUCUUGGUCUCAGAACAGGGCUCCCUCCAAGACAGGGCAGGUCCUUGGCAAAGUUUAUUUUUUGGUGGCAACCUAAUUAUUCAUCAGACCCAGUGCCUACCUUUCUCUGUCUCCUUUUCUUCUGUCAAAACCUGUUCUUAGGAAGCGGCUGAUAAAAUCUUAUUCAAAGGAGUGAACUUCUAAGGGUGGUGUUUCAGAAAUUAGGGGAAAGAGGGACCCUUCUUCGAAGGUCCCUGGAAGUCUUGUAAGUCUGUUUCUAAGGUAAACCCUGUCCCCCUCAAUCAUAAUAAGAUCGAGAUUGGCCAGGAAAACACCAUUUGAAUCUGGGGACUUAGCAGUAGAAUUUGCUCAGUAGGGGUGACAUCCUUGAGAUUAGUGACAGGCAUGGGUCCCUGCUCCUGUGAUGCAAAGUGGUUAAAGAACAGCCUCUGGGAAGAAGGAAAGAAGCCCAGAAAGGCUGGAGUCAGAGCAUUUCAAAACCAGUCCAAUACCAAGGUAGUCAGCCUGAAUUCCAGCAACCUCUUUGGGCCAGCAAAGCACUGACCCAUUUUGUCAAUGACGAGAGGACAGAAAUAGCUUCAAAGAAACCAACAACCAAGCACAUCUUGGAAGAAAAAUAUCUAGGCUGUAGUCAACAAUGUAAACCCUUUUUUGGCUCUCCUCUCUGCUGAAUGACAAUGAACUUCUUAAUUAUUUUAGUUCUCAGCUAACUGGAGGAGGUGUGAUGGAUUGUUGUUAUUUGUCCUUCAUUCUUUUUUGUUUGUUUGUUUGUUUUGCUGGGCAAUGGGGGUUAAGUGACUUGCCCGGG